CUGUCAGCACUGAGCACGUCUGAAACACAGCGCUGUUCAUCAUUUCACUGGAAAUUCACUUUAAUCCGAAUUGUUUUCAGAUUUUCAUCGACUUUAUGGAAGUUAUCUUUGUAUAAAGACAUAAAUGUGCUCAUCUCUCGCCGCUGGAGAACUAACUGAUGCCAUUUCCAUCUGCUGUAAUUGACAUGAACGACUCCGGUGAGGCUUAUCUGUGCAUUAAUGAUCCCAACGGAAACUGGUCUGGAUCCCAUACUGUCCUGGAGGAGGAGGAGGAUGAGGAGGAGGAGAAGUUCAGGAGGAAGCUGAAGUAUUUCUUCAUGAACCCCUGUGAUAAAUACACCGCUCGUGGAAGAAAGCCCUGGAAACUGCUCCUGCAGAUCCUGAAGAUCGCGGUGGUCACCACACAGCUGGUGUCGUUUGGUCUCAGUAAUCAGAUGGUGGUUCAGUUUAAGGAGGAGAAUCUGAUGACGUUCAAACAUCUGUUCCUGAAGAACUUCAGCAGGAGCAGCGCGAACACGUACGCCGUUUACACCAAACACGACGUCUACACACACAUCGCUUACACCGUGCAGCAGUUUCUAACGUUGCCAAGCAUAACUUUGGGCAAUCAUGAAUAUGAGAAGAAAGGUGAGGUUUACACUCCUCUCCGCGUCUGCCAGCAGUUCUACCACAACGGCAGCCUCUCACCAGCCGACGAGAGCUUUCACAUCGACACUCAUGUGGAUGAAGAGUGUUUGCUGAUUUACCCGCCGCAUCCCUCCUCAGCCGUCACAGCAAACACACUCAACUUCACUCUGCACUUCGAGAGGUUGUUGGCAGUGACUGUAAAAUUCACUCUGAAAUCCAUUAACCUGGAGACGGUUCAGUAUCACGAUGUUCCAGACUGUUACCUCUUCAACAUUAUGAUCACCUUUGACAACACGCCCCACAGUGGGAGGAUCGGGAUUGACCUGGACAGCGAUGUGCAAAACUAUCAAUGCAGAGACAGGACUGUGACUGGUGCAUCCCUGAGGGACAUGUACAUUAUGGUUGUGUUUGACGUGACGGUCAUUGUGAUUCUCCUGCUGUCGCUGCUCCUCUGCGUGCGCUCGCUGAAAGCUGGAGUCCUGCUGCAGAUCGAAUACACAGCGUUCUUCUCCAGUCGUUACGGCAAACGCGUGUCCUUCUCCGACCGUAUGGAGUUCAUUAACGGCUGGUUUAUCCUCAUCAUCGUUAGUGAUGUUCUCACCAUCACAGGCUCUCUGCUGAAGAUCAUCAUCCAGUUACAGGCCAUGGCGAGUUAUGAUCUGUGCAGUAUCUUGCUGGGCACCGGCACCAUGUUCGCGUGGAUCGGGGCCUUACGCUACAUGGGGUACUUAAAAAAAUACAACAUUCUCAUCAUCACUCUACGAGCGGCGUUUCCCAACGUCAUCCGCUUCAGCUGCUGUGCCGCCAUGAUUUUCCUGGGCUACUGUUUCUGUGGGUGGAUCGUGCUGGGACCGUACCACACCAAGUUCCGGACGCUGAACGUGGUUUUCGAGAGCCUGUUUUCGCUCAUCAACGGCGACGACAUGUUUGCCACCUUUAACAACAUGCAGCAGAAGAGUUACGUGGUGUGGCUCUUCAGCCGGCUCUAUCUCUACACGUUUGUGUCUCUGUUCAUCUACAUGGUGCUCAGCCUGUUCAUCACGCUCAUCACCGACACCUACGACACCAUGAAGCAUCAGCGUUUGGACGGAGAGCCCGUGUCAGAUCUGCAGGCGUUCAUCAUGCAGUGUAAAGAUCCUCCAGAAUCGGGACGCUUCAGUGUGAACGAGAGCAGGUUCCUGACGGGCUGCUGCUCACACAGGACGUGCCGCUCUGAUGACGACACAGACUGACCGGGACUUCACAGCGAUUGUGAUGAGUUUGGAUAUAAAGAGGAUUUAUCUGUAUUAUUAAGUGUGUGUAAAUAUAUAAAACUUGUUUUUGUUUUGAGCACAUUAAUGUUUAGUACAUUUCAGAUCCUCUCCACUUUAUGAAAGAUUGUAAAUUAGUGUAAUUAUUAUUUAUUGUGAAUAUGUAGUUCAGUCGCACUGGGGGACAUGCUGAGUUUGGGUCAACAGACAUUUUUAUAUUCCUGUAAUUCCCAUGUUUCGUAAUAAUGUUUGUGUUUAUAAUGAAAUGUUUCACCUUUUUAUUUUUGAAAGCUUCAGAUAAAAUAAAUAUUUUGAUACCAUGUUUCAGAUCCAGUCAUGUUUGUAAAAUACUUUUGAGAAUUGUAUUAUUAAAUAUUUUUUUGACUAACAUGAGUGACAUCAACAGAGAUUAAUAUUUAUUAGCAGGAUUGAUAUGAUGAAACUGAUAACCAAAAAAGUCAAUAUUACUGUAAGGUUGGUUUCACGUAUUGAAUGUAGGAAGAAUAAAGAGGUCAAGAUG